AUGUCAAUCGAGAUGCGAAAAGAGAAACGAAUUAGAGCUGAAAAACUGCAAUUUGGAAGAACAGAUUUGAGUAAGGAAAUGCCUAUUACUGAAGUAGAUAAAUCUUCCAAUAAGCUCAACAUUGGAGCAAUGUUGGAAGCAAUUUAUAAUCAGAUUUAUGGAGAAGACAGUAGCCCUGAGGGAGGUUCAGGAAGAAGUGUCGCUCUUUCAGUGUAUGACCGGCUCAAUGAGAUCAGUGUUGAACAAUUUCAAAUGAGUGCCAGAGCUUUUGUCGAUCAGAUGUUAAUGGACAGAGAAUUCAUCGACAAGAAAUGGGAAAGCUCUGAGUCGAGACCAUUCUCUGAUGCACUAGAAAUUCUGAAGUCGAACGAGGAUUUAUUGGAAAAGAUCAAGUAUCGAUGUGGACAUUCAUCGAAAGGAAGUUUCACUUCUCGGAUAUCAGAAAAAGUAGUAGUUCCGAAGCCAAGUUCCAAUAAUACAAAAUACUCCGAGAAUGUUUCCUGUCAUUGCUCGUUGCUGCAGUCUCAUCACAGGUCGAGCAGUAAAGUACCAAAUGUGAAAUCUACAUCCUUCUCGUUCAGCGAAAUGAAGAGGAAAUUGAAAUAUUCGUUUGGACUGACCAGGAAAGAGCCAUACCAGACCUUAAUGGAUGUAACUACAGUUGAACGUUCUCACAGUAAAAUGACGUCUGGAGAUGAAAGUCCUUGUCAACGUGUGAACACAGGAAAUUCUGUGGAUUCAUCCACUGGUGCCAAGUUGAAGGACAAGAAUCAAGGCCUCAAAUCAAGCUGUUUCUCUGAGAAUUUUUGCAUGAAUGAACCCGUGAUUAACAAGUCAAACUCAUCAAGUAACCAAGGAGCACGCCAAUUUGAUGUAAUUCUGGAGGCAAAAAUGCACCUUUCCACUAGAUUGGAAACUUUAAAUGCAAUUGAGACCCUGACUAGCAAUAGAUGCCCUAAAAUCUUAGGACAGAUUAUCUCCUCACCGGAACAUGACAUUUGGCUCUCUAGCCUAAGUAGGAAAAAGGAAAAUGGUUCUGUUUCUGAUCAGAUGAGAUUUAGUCCUUACGGCAACUCUCCUGCAAGUUGCCAAACACGAAAAGGAAAACAGAAGUAUGUAAUUCCAUUGACACAGAAUGAAGAACCUACACCUUCUGUUGAUUUUAGGAAGUAUGAUAGUACACUAGAAAUAUUGGAGUCGAACAGAAAUUUCUCUCUGAUUGGAAGUGCUGAUACAGAAGUACCCGAGAAAAUUGAUUUUGCUACAGUUGAUCUGGAGUCUAAUGGUCGAGCAAAGAUGGUAGAAUUAGAAAGCAUUCCAAAUCCUGAAAUUACAAGUACUUCAGAAGGGCCAAGUGAAUUAAGCAGCACUGAUUUGCCUAGGCAAAAAACCAACAGAAUUGACUUACUCGAGGAAGACGGAAAUACAAUGCAUCUAAGAUUGGAUUCACCUUCCGUACUAGAUGAUUGUCCAUGGACUUUAAGCACGUACCAACUAGAUGACAGCACUAAAGAUCGAGAGGAGCACCCGAGCCCGGUUUCUGUCCUUGAGCCAUUUUUCACAGAAGACGUAAACAGCCCACCGAACAUCAUACUUAGAAGAGCUGGCCGGCCAUUACAACUACGUCGUCGUCUAGAUUAUGAAGGGUGCUCGUCUGAGGCAUCCCCCAUUGAUCCCACAAUCAUUCCAACAACCUGCAUAGAUGAAAAGGAUUCCAUUUCUGGUUAUGUGAAUGCAGUUUUGCAAGCUUCUCGUCUAAAUUGGGACGAGCUAUCAGCAAUUAUGCCACUGACCGAACAGUUAAUUUACGAAUCCUUAUUCGACGAAGUAGAGUUUCCAUCCGCUGACUCUCCUUAUGAUCCUAAACUUCUUUUUGAUCACAUUAAUGAAGUUCUGUUGGAGGUACAUCGAUGUCAUUUUGGUUUGGCCCCUUGGUUAUCAUUCAUUAAAUCGAAAAUCCAGCUUGCGCCAUUGGAACAACAGGUGAUCGACCAGGUAAUGAAAGAAGCUGAUUUUUACCUCCUUCCUCGUACUGGGAAAAGAACGUUGGACCAGCUUGUUGGAAAAGACGUGGCAAAUUCUGGAUCGUGGGUUGAUAUCAUGCUUUAUACUGAGGAAAUUGAACAGAUUCGAUGUUGGUUUUCGGUGGGCUUUCGUCAUCGUAACUGUCAACAACAGAAAGCACUUUGGCCGGAUGCUAACGAGUGUUGGGGGAGGAGAAAAGACGAUUUCUUUAGAGGUGUAGACAAAUUGAACCACGGGUUAGCCCUCCAGGGUGGUAAGAAUAGACAAAAAGCCGGCGGGAACCAAGAAUUUAUGGUGCGGCUGCCGGAUUUUCAACAGGUGAGGGCGAGAGCUACAGGUUGGGAAAUGAGAGGCACAUGGGAUUUGAGAUAUUUGGGGGCAAUAGUCAUUUGGCUUGGUUUUGGAAUUUGUCUACCCGAUUUUGGCUUGGUUUGA